AUGUAUGACGGUGUCGUUUCUAAAGACAAUGUGUCUGGGUCUGAUGUGAACACGUGCAUGAUCGCGUCUAUGAGUGGCGAUUCCGCCGCACUUCCUGUGCUUCUUGCUCAAUCUGAACAAAAUCCGCCUCCAAAAACGAUACUCAAAGACCCAAACCCGCAUUUGCAUGGCGCCGACCAUGAAUGGACCGAACGUCCAGGCGAUCUCAUGAGGUUCACUUUGUACAAGUCUCGAGAAUACUACUACUGUGUCUAUACGAGUUCUGACCAGAAGCGCUAUCGAAUACUCAGGAUUCAUCGCAUCCCCCCUUUCUUGUCGCAAGAGAAGGAUGAGCGCCUGGCUCAGAACAGUGAGCUGACGCCACCUGUCUCAUCGAAGCCGCACGAGCAGCCUGGUCCUCAGUCGACGGAGUCGCCACCCACUCAACCCAAGUCAUCCACCAGGCCCACGCGUCACAAGCGAGGUAAAAGUCUGUCAAGCGUCGUUCUUAGUAUUGCUGACGGGCCUGACGACGUGCUGCCGAAACCUGCUACCACGCCAUCGGGCACACUGUCGUCAGAAAUCACAGAACUUGCCUCGUCUCUUGUGCCUGAACAUGCCACGUCUGUGCCAGGUGGUCCCGAGAGUGCCGGUGGCAAGUAUCUAGGAUUGUACGAUGCCGAUGUUCUCCAGUUACGCUUGACAUCAGAAUGGAAGCACUACAUCGGCGCCACAGCCGAUAGCCCUGCUCGCGACGCACAAAGCGCUACACCUGAGCGGACCGUUCGGCCCAUCUCUGACUUGGGAUCGCAACGCUCGCCAAAGCGUUCACAGCCGCGUACGACAAAUCAGCCCCUUUCCGGUGCUUCAAGCAAUGUACAGCCCAGUGUGUCAGAGUCGGCUGACUCGCCAAGCAAACUCGACCCAUCGAUGGACCCCACGCAAGAGGCGGCUUGGGCAUUGCAAGUUUCUGCGUACAGUACGGAACACACACCGCCAAAUGUAAUGCAUGAACUUUUAUCGACCAUCUUUGACGGUACGUCCGAGUCCACGCGAUGCAAAGAGGUCGGCCGCUACUUUGGCAUUGUGGGCUUUGUGCGCUUCACAGCCGGGUAUUACAUGGUGUUAAUCUCGAAACGAAGCGUCGUAAGCUUGAUCGGCGGCCAUUACAUUUACCACUGCGACGAGACGCAGGUUCUGCCUGUGUGUCAUUCUCACGUGUUGAACAGCGUGUCGGGACGCCCCAUGUCGCGCGAUGCUCGUGAGUCACAGCUUUUGCGCUCAUUCAGCCAGGUGGACCUCAGUAAAAACUUUUACUUUAGCUACACGUACGAUCUCACGCGCACAUUGCAGGAAAACAUGACGGGUCCUCGUGCACAGGCACAGCUGUUCAGCACAAAGGCCUGGGGCUACAAAGACAAGUUUAUGUGGAACUAUCGACUCUUGGAGCCUGCGUUUGGCGAAUGCCGUGAUGUGGACUUGAACACAUAUGUACAUCCAUCUAUACAUGCCAAGCGGCAGUGGAUCGUGCCCCUCGUCCAUGGCUUCGCGGACCAAGCUAAGCUGAACGUGUUGGGCACAGCCAUCUACGUAUCACUAAUAGCACGUCGCUCCCGUCAUUUUGCUGGCGCCCGUUUUUACAAGCGUGGGAUUAAUUCCGACGGGCAUGUGGCGAACGAUGUCGAAACGGAACAAAUCGUCAACAAGCCCGUGACGAGUCCAUUUUUUGCGCCUCCAUCGCGUUAUGAUACGUCGGCAUCACUCCGUGCAUCGCCACACUUUGCAUCGUAUGUGGUGAUGCGCGGCUCAAUCCCUGUGUUUUGGACGCAGGACUCAACAAAUAUGUCGCCCCGACCCCCUAUUGAGAUUUCGGUGGUCGAUCCUUACUUUACCGCAGCUUCGCGCCACUUUCACGAUUUGUUCAGCGCCUACGGUACGCCGGUGAUUGUGUUGAACCUAAUCAAGAGCAAAGAACGCCAGCCACGUGAAUCGAAGCUCCUCAAAGUAUAUACAGAGUGCAUUGAGCAGUUAAAUCAAUUUCUGCCUGUGGAUCAGAACGGCCAGGAUCACCGUAUCCGUCACAUUGCUUGGGACAUGAGCCGCGCAAGUAAGAGCCGUCAUGAAAAUGUGAUAGCCUUUCUUGAGCAGCUCGCUGAAGAGACUCUACAGGCAACAGACUUUUUUCAUUCUGGGCCUUUGCCUGAGACAUUCCGGCGCAUGGAGCAUCCGAAAAAUGAGCCUAUCCUGCUGCAACAGGGCAUUGUGCGCGUGAAUUGUGUCGACUGCUUAGAUCGUACGAAUGCAGCGCAAUUCGUGCUUGGAAAGGCUGCAUUUGCGUAUCAACUGCAUGCACUGGGUCUGCUGAAGCGGCCUGAGCUGUCUUUUGAUUCUGACGCCAUCAAUAUGCUGACAGAAAUGUACCACGAUUUGGGCGACACAAUUGCUCUUCAGUAUGGUGGCUCAGCUUUGGCUCAUACGACUGAUACAUAUCGCAAGAUCAACCAUUGGUCGUCUCAUUCGCGUGACAUGCUUGAGGGCAUUCGGCGCUAUUAUGCAAAUUCGUUCGCCGAUGCCGAUAAGCAGGCGUCCAUUGACCUCUUUCUUGGUCAACAGUCCAGUGACUCGGCUGUGUCACUGCCCCUUAACACGGCUUCAAGCGACCAUGCAUUGUCACUCACAUCGUUUUUAGACACCGAGGAACAGAUGGACACAAAACUCGCUUACUUGCGGCAUUUUGUCAACACUGACAAAGGAUUUUGGGAUGGAUACUACCGGCCUACACUUUUCACCGAGUACGUUCUUUUUGAUUUUAAUUUCAUUAAAUUUCUUUCUUUGUCGGACAUGUUGUACUGA